AAACAAGAUAAGAUCAGAUUGACGUCAUGCACUCAUGAUUGAAUUGGGAGGAAGUCUGCAAAAUUGUGGUCUGUGAUCACAGGCUAAGGUGUUAUCUAACUGAAGCCAGAAACCAACUGUCUCCUGCUGUGACGUAAGAGCCAUGGAUUACUACAGAAAAUAUGCAGCUGUCAUUCUGGCCACAUUGUGUGUGUUUCUGCAAAUUCUCCAUUCCUCUGCUGAUGGAGAGUUUACAGUGCAGGGCUGCCCAGAAUGCAAGCUGAAGGAAAACAAAUACUUCUCCAAGCUGGGUGCCCCCAUCUACCAGUGCAUGGGCUGCUGCUUCUCCAGAGCCUACCCCACUCCAGCCAGGUCCAAGAAGACAAUGUUGGUCCCAAAGAACAUCACCUCAGAAUCCACGUGCUGUGUGGCCAAAACAUCUACCAGGGUGACGGUAAUGGGAAAUACCAGAGUGGAGAAUCACACCGAGUGCCACUGCAGUACUUGUUAUUACCACAAAUCUUAAAUAUUUUGCAAAGGGCCGUGCUGAUGACUGCUGAUUUCCUGGAAUGGAAAAUUAAUUUGUUCCGUGUUUAUGGCUUUGCAAGAUAAAACCCUCCGUGUCCUUAUCAUACCAUUUUUCACAAGCUUUAAGAAUACACUGCAGUUUUAUUGCCUUUCUCUUUAUCCUACAGGAUCAUCAGCAGUCUCGCUCUUUUCACUUGGAAUGAAAUACAGCAUUUGGCAUGACCAUAAAAAGCUGGUUAUGCUGGAAAUAAAGUCUUUUAAAUCAUCA